UGGAAAGAAGUAUCAAGCAUGCCUGUUACCAACCUUGCUCAGAUUCACUUUGAGUUACGAAAUGCCUCUGUGUGGAAGUUUGCAGAGACCAAACCUCUGUUGCUGGAAGCUUGGCCUCAAACAGAACUCCAGGAGAACACCAAUUUGGCUCUUCAGCAGCAGGAGAGGAGCAGAAAAAGAAAUAUCACUAAAACCCCUGCAGGAUCAUAUCCAAAUAGUUUGGCUAAAACCAAAGAAGAUGCAGGCAGACGCAGUGAGCCUUCUCUGAUCUCCCCUGUAAAACAGAAUAAAACUAAGGGCAAGGGAAUGGAGAAAGCAAAACAGCAUUUAGAUGAACCAAACGAAAAGCAGCAAAUCUUGAACACAACCCUGUACAGUUUGCCUGCUCAGCUCCCUCUGGAUAAUCAACUCCGUCUGGGGCAGGAAGGUGCAUUUGAUGCUGAUGAGACUUACCAUACAGAAAACAGUUAUGAAAAUGGUAUUGAUAAUUAUGCUUAUGACUAUGAAGAUCUUGGCAAAAUGUUUGAAAGGGGAAGUGUCAGAGGUCCAAAGGGGGAAACUGGACCUCCUGGUCCUCCAGGUCCUCCAGGUUUACCUGGUCCUUCAGGGAAGAGAGGUCCUCGGGGUAUUCCAGGACCACAUGGUAACCCGGGUUUGCCAGGAUUACCAGGUCCCAAGGGCCCUAAAGGAGACCCAGGAUUAUCUCCAGGACGGGCAAAAUGUGGAGAAAAGGGAGAUCCAGGCCCCAUGGGCUUUCCAGGCCCCCCUGGGAUCAAAGGCCAGAAGGGUCUCAAGGGUUACCUGGGACUGCAAGGGCCACGGGGUGAGCAGGGAAUUCCAGGAAUGACUGGCAGUAUUGGGGCAGUUGGUUACCCUGGCAGGCAGGGCCUAGCUGGACCGGAAGGGAACCCAGGUCCUAAAGGAGUAAGAGGUUUCAUUGGACCUCCAGGUGUGGCAGGACAGCCAGGACCUGAAGGAGAAAGGGGUAUCCCAGGCCUCCAUGGAAAAAGAGGUCCUAAAGGGAGACAGGGUUUUCCAGGUGACUUUGGAAAUAGAGGCCCCCCUGGUCCAGAUGGAAGUCCUGGAAUUGUUGGUGGUGUUGGUCCUCCUGGAUUUCCAGGACUAAGAGGAGACAUGGGGCCAGCAGGACCGAGUGGACCAUCAGGAAUUCCAGGGCCCACGGGUUUCCCAGGGAGUGUGGGACAGCCUGGAAUGAAAGGUGAUAAGGGUGAACAUGGCCUUGCAGGAGAGCCAGGAGAUCAGGGCUACCCAGGAGACAAGGGUGCUCUUGGUUUACCAGGACCCCCAGGGAUAAGAGGAAAGCCAGGACCCCCAGGGAAAAUUGGAGAACCUGGACCCCGUGGACCAUUGGGUCCUCAAGGACCUGAGGGUUUUCCAGGAGAUAUUGGUGUACCUGGAUUAAAUGGCCCUGAAGGUCCUAAGGGAGCUCUGGGUGACCGAGGACCUCCAGGGCCACAAGGCCCCAAAGGAGUUGAGGGAGAAGUAGGACCAGCUGGACCUAUUGGAGGCGUUGGCUCAAGAGGAAAGCCAGGACAGAAAGGUUAUGUAGGUGAUCCUGGACCAGAAGGUUUAAAGGGAGAAAAAGGAGACCACGGAAACCUUGGAAAAAGUGGUGAAGCAGGAUCAGCUGGCUUACUUGGAGAAGCUGGGCCAUCUGGAAGCCUUGGUGAAAAGGGAGACCGAGGCAGUCCAGGACCUGUAGGUUCUCCUGGAGAAAAAGGUUUCAUGGGCUAUCCAGGACCUCCAGGAGGCCCUGGACCUGUGGGGCCAGAAGGAUUACCUGGACCUUCAGGAGCACGAGGACCAUCAGGGCCACAGGGACCUAAGGGAAGAAGAGGGCCAAGAGGUCUCGAUGGUCCUCCAGGAGAACUGGGAACAGAAGGUAUUAAGGGAGAAAGAGGUGAUCCAGGAAAGAAAGGAGUUCCUGGGCUCAUUGGUAAAGCUGGAAAUCCAGGAGAGAGAGGAGAUCAGGGUGCACUUGGUUUGCUUGGGCCUCCAGGAACCACAGGAGACAGGGGACCAAUGGGAGAGCCAGGUCCAAGAGGACAGCCAGGGGAUGCUGGCCCUAUUGGAGAAAUGGGUUUUGAGGGAGACAUUGGACCAGCUGGGAAGACUGGAGAACCAGGUGACCAAGGUUUAAGGGGUGAACCAGGGCCCCCAGGAGAAGACGGUGUUCAAGGAAAAGAUGGCCCAAAGGGAGACCCUGGAGAUCAGGGACUUGUUGGAGAAGGCGGUGAAAAAGGAGAGAUGGGAUUACCAGGAAUUGCUGGGCCCCCUGGUGAACCUGGCAUAAUGGGAAUUCCUGGCCCUGAAGGAACACCAGGAAAUCCAGGUCAGAGGGGCCGUUUAGGAAAGAAGGGGGAAAAGGGGCAGCUUGGCCCUCCAGGAGAACCUGGACCUGCUGGUGAUGCUGGCCAACCUGGAAAAACUGGUCCCAAAGGUGCAAGAGGAACUCGAGGUCCCGUGGGACACCUAGGAGGAAUUGGACGUGAAGGAGAGCCAGGAAUUCCAGGUUAUGUGGGUCACCAGGGUCCUCCAGGGCCCUCAGGCCCCCCAGGCCCCAAAGGAGAAAAGGGUUACCCAGGCGAAGACAAUACAGUCCCUGGACUACCUGGGCCCAUAGGUGAACCAGGUCGAAAUGGUGAAUGUGGAGAUAGAGGAGAACCUGGGGAUGAGGGCUACAAGGGUCAUAUCGGUCUUCCAGGGCUUAGAGGACCUAUUGGACAACAAGGGCCUCCAGGAGAGUCAGGUGAACUGGGAGAGCAAGGACCAAAAGGAGAAAGGGGUUCAGAAGGACCCACAGGGAAGAAAGGAGCAACAGGUCAAGCAGGCAAAGCUGGAAUUCCUGGAAAACCAGGGCCACCAGGGCAGAAAGGGGCAGUUGGGUACCCUGGACCAGAGGGCAUUCCUGGGAACCCUGGCAAGACUGGGCUGUCAGGGGAGCCUGGCCCUAAGGGCAAUAAAGGAAACUCAGGCUUACCAGGUCUAGCAGGUUAUCCUGGAGCUCGAGGUCCCAGGGGAUUGCCAGGCAUGCCAGGGCCCAUGGGAGCACCUGGAUUAAAGGGUGAGAAAGGGCUUCUAGGUCAUCCAGGAAAGCGAGGCAAAAGAGGCCUUCCAGGAUCACAAGGUGACCAAGGACCAGCAGGAGACACUGGACUGAAAGGACACAUUGGAGAAGAUGGAGAUCAAGGUUUAAUGGGGUUUCAAGGAUUCCCAGGUCCAAAAGGUCCUGCAGGGGACAUUGGCUUAGUUGGAAUUCUGGGCCCGAAAGGUCCAACAGGCCAAACUGGAUAUAUUGGCCCUGUUGGUCAAGAAGGCAUAGCAGGCCCAGCUGGCAGGCCUGGACCGAGAGGUGAAAAGGGCAUGAGGGGUGAAAUGGGGCCUCAGGGACAGCAAGGCCAGCCUGGGCCACCUGGACCACCUGGACCACCAGGACUAAGGAAACAAGUGGAUCUCAAUGCUGCUGUUCAAGCUUUGUUUGAGUCAAAUGCUGCCUUGCAGAUGGAGAAAUACCAGAAUACUGAAGUAACUUUACUAGAUCACAGUACAGAGAUAUUCAAAACGCUCCACUACCUUAGCAAUUUACUGCACAGCAUCAAGAACCCUCUUGGCACACGGGAUAACCCAGCACGCAUCUGCAGGGAUUUGCUUAAUUGUGAACGUAAAGUGUCAGAUGGAAAAUACUGGAUUGACCCAAAUAUUGGAUGUCCUUCUGAUGCCAUUGAAGUUUUCUGCAACUUCACUGCAGGUGGUCAGACAUGUUUAACACCACUGUCUGUGACUAAGCUGGAGUUUGGUGUUGGAAAAGUGCAGAUGAACUUCCUUCAUUUACUGAGCUCAGAAGCAACCCACAGCAUCACAGUCCAUUGUCUAAACGCACCGAUGUGGGGAUUAAAUAAAGCUGGUGGCCGGAAGACAUCAGUUACCUUCAAAGGGUGGAAUGGUCAAAUAUUUAAAGCAAAUACGCUACUUGAACCUAAAGUGCUUCUGGAUGAAUGCAUGAUUGAAGAUGGCAGCUGGCAUAAGACACAGUUCUUUUUUCACACUCAGGACACAAACCAGCUUCCAGUUGUUCAAGUUAAUGCACUUCCUCACCUCAAACCAGGACAGCAGCACUUCAUAGAAAGUGGCUCCGUAUGCUUCCUUUAAGAUUUCUGUCCUAGGUUUCUUGUUGCAUCACCAUGGAGUUGCUGCAUAGAUUGAAUACUAAAGUAAUGAUCCAUUGCAGGCAAAAUUACUAGGAAGCUGAUGCAUCAUUUCAAGUGUUGUUGGUUAAAGAACCUCAGGAAGAAAAAGACUUCCUCCUAAGGAGAAAUGGCAUUGAAAAAUAAAAGAAAGAAAGAAAAGACUAAAGAAAUUUUCUUCAAGUAUUUAAAAAUAAAUUUCUUGGUGCUUUCUUGCAUAAUUUUCUGGAAUGGAAUAUCUGAACAUGGAGUUUUUCAGGACGUCAAGUGUUCUUACCAAUCUUUUUAACAGCACUGCACAAAAACCAUCCUGAGGAAAGCUGGAGACAUACGAUAUUGAGGAGCAAUACCUACUACUGCUCCUAAAUGUGCAAUAGCUUCUAUAUGAAAAGUGAAUCAUGCCACAGUACAGUACAAUAAGUCUUCUUAAACAUUGUUUUAUUCCAGUCCAUCGUGGAUACACACAUCUAAAUAGAUGGCACACUACCUCUUUCAUGUUUCCUGUCCGUGUUGCCUUGGUGCUCUUCAUAACACAGGGUGCUUGUGGCCUUAGCAGAGAUUGAGUCCCUUUUUAUCUUUCAGACUGUAUGUGCUGGUUACAUCAGGAUAGGUUUCUGUUGUAAAGGUACUUAUUUUAAACCAUUGGUCACAUACUUCUCAUAAUGAAAACAUUAUUUAUGUGGAUUUCUUGUUUAAAACAUUUUUGUGUACUAUUUUGGAAAUGGUGUAUAAGACAGCAUAUUGUAUAUGAUGCAUAUAGUCAGAACAGUUUGCAUUACAGCCAUUGUAAAAAUCGUUGUAAGAAGAGCUACCUAAAGUAGUUUUGAUUUUUAAAUUCUGUAUUUCAGUUUAUUGCCAAAGCCAUCUUAAGAUGAUAUAUUCUGUAUAUAUUUUGUAACUUCUGAAAAAAUCCACUACAGUUUGACUUCUGAAUGGCUGCUGGUAAAUUUUAAUCAGCAUUUCAUCUUCUUUAAAAAUUCAAUUUUUUUUGCAAAAGUUAUUAGAUCAUUUUGGGGUUUUAAAAUUAAGCCUAAAAUGUUCAGUGAAGUUUGUUUUUUUUUUCUUUUAAAAAGAACAGUUUUACCAUUAGGAAAAGCACUCUUUAUAUUUGAUAUGCCUCUAUCUGUUAUCAGUUCAAAGUGUGCUCAGGAGUACAUGGCAAGGUGAUACCGGUCUGUAUUUGAGGGAGCCCAGGGGUGUUCAAACAACCUGUCUUCAUCUGCAGGAAACCACACCACCAAAGUAUAAUAAAAUAA